CUCUCUUUCCCCACUCCCCCGCCGGCACGCCGCAGCGGCGGAAGAAGUCCCCAAGCCCAAGCAGACGAAUCAACAAUUAACUCUCUGAAUUCGGGGAUUUGACCAAGGGAAGAGAGACGGACUUGUAGAAUUUUGUGAAUAAUAUUGCUCUCUAUCAAUAUGCUAUUUUUUUUAAAUGUAAAAGAUUCAUACUUCUCUUUGAAGUGUUAACGAAAGGAAAUUAUUACAUCACUAGACUGAUCACCUAACCUUACCCAUGCUUUAAACGUCAAAAACAAAAAUAAAGAAAAAUAAGCACCCAUUCAAGUGUUAGUUUCCCCAAUUAAUUUAAAAUUAAAUCCAAAAAAUGACGUCCCGAGGUAUGAUUGAAACUGAGCAAUUGCGGCAAAAUCUUCAAGGGCAACUAGAUAGAUUGGUGCAACAACUAGAAGAUUUAGAAUCGUGCAAGGACGAUUUGGAGGAGUCUGAAUACACAGAAACCAAAAAUGAUACUAUUGAGCAGCUAAAAGAGUUCAACGAAAGUCUGUCUAGAAUGAUAUCGGGCGAUAUGACUCUAGUUGAUCAUUUAAAUGCUAUGCAAUUGGCUACACAAGCAGCUAUUAGUGCUGCGUUUCGAACCCCUGCUGUUAUCAGAAUGUUUGCUAGAAGAGAACCAGAACUUUUGCGUCAAAGACUAGCAGAUAUCGAGAGAGACGUGAAACUGGGUAAAGGCUCAUCUGUCCUCAACAAUGAAAAGGCUGAAAUAUUAAGUGCUCUCAGGCAGCUGGGGGAAAAGUUAACAAGUGCAGAACUUCUAUUGGUAAAAGAACAUUCCAACAUUAACCAAGCUCACAAUGCUGGUUUUGUUCCUGUGUCUGAUUUUGAAGUCACUGGCCAAGAGGCUUUAACGAUGGCUGGGGAUGAGGCAAGAGUUGUCCAGGAAUCUCAAUAGUUUUUGAAUCAAUGUGUUUCUAAUAAAACGAUAUGUAAAUAAAAUA